ACUGUGUAGUGCCAAUUGUUCUCAAGAUGGAGUCUAAGGUGGAGAUACCAGAGGAGAGCCCUCGUCCGCAACCGACUCCGUUGAUCCAUCCUCGAGUUGAACAGAUCAGAUCUGAAGAGCAGAGGUCAAAAUCCAAUAGUCUCACAUCAGUGGAUUUUGAAACGGCCAUUUCGAAAUCCGGUUGUGGCAAGUUCAAUUUCGCCAUGAUGAUACUAUCGAUUCCAGCAUCAUGGACUAGUGGGUUCGUCUCAGGCUCCAUGUCUUAUGUUGUUCCCGCAGCAACAGCUGAUCUGGAGCUAACACCCACUGCGAAGGCAGCUCUGCAAUCUGCCUGCUAUGCUGGCAUGAUAAGUUCCGGUUUUGUUUGGGGUUUCCUGUCUGACAAACUUGGUCGUAAGAAGCUCUUGGUCAUUGGAUUUCUUCUCGACUUUCUGAUGAACUUCCUCACAGGACUAGUACCAUCAUUACCAUUUAUGCUGGUCUUCAAAUACCUCUCAGGCUUUAUGGUUAUUAUCACAAUCUUAUAAAAUAUGGAUAUUCAAUAAAUAUUUAUUUUCAUCUUCAGACAUAUUCCAACAUAAUGAAAAGGGUAUCUGGACCAUUUUCCAUCUUCACUGCCUACAUUUCUGAGGUGUUCCUCAGCAAGAGGAGGGACAUAGCAGUAUUGUCAUCAGGAAUAUUCAGUGCCGUAGGAAACAUUAUACAAGCUGCUCUUGCCAUGUGGAUAAUACCAUCAGAAGUACCAUUCCAACUCCCUCUCAAAUCCUGGCAACUGUUCCAUAUGACCUGUGGCAUACCAUCCCUACUUUGCGGCCUCGGUUGCAUCUUCUGUGUUGAGUCGCCAAAAUUUCUAGUUGACCACGGUGACCAUGUAAAAGCUCUAGAGGUCUGCAGAACAAUCUACACAAUAAACACAGGAAAUCCACCUGCUAGCUACCCGGUGAAGAAACUACAACACCAGAUCAGUAAAUCAGACAAGAAGAAGUCAUUCCGGGACAGUAUGAACGAGACUGUCGCUAUAUUCAGACCACCAUUUGUCAAGAGAGCACUCCUUGGUUUCAUUAUCCAGUUUAUUGUUGUUGCCAUCUCUAACACUGUCAGGCUAUGGUUACCGGAGAUGCUUAUGCUAGUUAAGUCCUCUGAGCUAGAUGCUGCUGAAGGACUUUGUUCACUCCUUGUCCAAGGGGGCAGUUCAACUAGCUCAAAUUCAGAAGCGCAAGAAGAACGGACUCAGGUAUAUAUUGAAAUGAUGUUCGUCAAUUUAGGCAACAUGUUGGGUCAUAUCGUCUUUGUACUGUUAGUUAGCUAUUUUGGAAAGAAGACGAUGCUCAUUUUGUGCAGUAUCUUAAGUGGAAUAUGUGCAAUUAUCAUUCCAAUGGUAAAUGCUAACUACGUCUUUCUUCCUGCCUCUGCUUUCAUUACGGUCAACAAUAUUGCAUUUUGUUCCAACAUAGGCAUAGUAGUCAGUAUCUUCCCAACUAGGGUGAGGGCGACUAUAGUGAGUACAACAAUGUUGUUGGGUAGAACUGGAAUACUGAUGGUCAACUUCCUCAUCGCUAAUCUUAUCUACUCGUUCUGCCAGUACUUCUUCUAUUCUUUAGCUGUGAUGUCAUUAGGAUUAACCAUACUAGGCUUAUUCCUGUCAACUGAGCCUAUUGAUGAAGGUUCUUCGACAACAAAAACACAAAAAAACAAUGAUUUACUAAAUACAUAGUAUUUAGUAGUUCCUCAUUAAUCCCUGAAAUUCGAGACGAAACAUCAGCAAAUGUAAAAAUAAAUGUUAUUUAUUUUUGCUAUUUUUAUUUUGACAGAUCACCCCAAUCAUUCUUCUACUAUUUAUGUUUUAUAACUCAAAUAUUACAAACAUCAAAUGAGCUAAUAUAAAUCACACAUGAGGAAGACAGCACCCAGCGAUGCAUCAGGACAUUCUGCAAAAUUUUGUCACACCAGGAGAUACCACAUCCAACUCCUUUUCAUCCUUCGCCGAGGUACAUCAAGAACGUCAUUUGUUGCCAUUUGUUUAUAUGUGCAUGUAAUUUUUUCCGAAACAAUUUGUAAAUCAUAUGAAUGUGAAUUGUUGCGGUCGGAUGGCAUAAGUCAGUGUGAAGGAUCUUGUUUGAAAUAAAUGGUGGCUCUAUGAUAAUGAAGAAUUACAUAGAAAAAUAGCAAAAGGAUGAGAAACCUGCUCGGUGUUCGAGGCUGGAGGACAUCAGCACUAGACCGAAUUGACCUGCUUGAGGAGGCCAGGAACCAGUGAUGGGUUGUAGAACCGACCGAUGAUGAUAAUGAUGUUCCAGGCACACCUUGCCUGUUUUGAUGUAUUUUUUAAAAUUUAUUUUUAUAGUGACUUCUACUCUCAUUUUUGGUAUUAAAAAAAAGGGGGGAAGUGAAAAAUGAGUAAAAUAAAUGAAACAAUAUAACAUACUAAAAAUUCUUUUAAUAUAUAUAUUUUUCUAUUCACAACCAAAGAAUAAGUUAAUCUAUGGAGAUAAAGAUACAAUAUCUAAGAUAAUGCUAUAAUACAUGCGACCUUGGAAGAAGACAUGAGAUUUACAUUUUAAAGAAUAUAGACAUUAAUUUACACACAAAUACAUAUUACAUUCAUUAUUACAACUGCUUCACUAAUUCUACAUUUACAAUAUUUACAGAUUAAACAAAAUAAAAAGGUGCCUCAAUUAAAAGUCUAUUAAAAAAUUUCUUAAGAUUGCUUUGAUUUAAUUUCAUAAAAUUAAUAUUUUACUUGAAAAGAAAUAUUAUAACAACAAAAUAAAAGCAAUGUGAAAAAAAAAAUUAUAAAACUUUGUGCGAUUAAAGUAGGAAAAUCAGUAUUAGUUAUUAACAAAUAAGUCACUUGAGCUUUCAGCCAUAAUAUCUUGAAAUCUAAAUUAUGUAUUUAAAAUUUUAAAUAUUUUUUUCUAUUAAAAAAUUGAAAAUUAUACACAGUAAUUUUUAAUAUAAAUAUAAAUAAUCAAUAACAAGCUUUAUACACAUUUUUAGGUAGUAUAUAAUAUAGAAAAAAUUUACAACUGAAAUAGUCGGCGAUUGCCAUGUGAUAUAAUUAUGAAUAUUAUAUAUUAAAAAUAGUUAUAUGGAUAAAAUGACUAUCACAAUAAAUAUAAAAUAUACAGUUUCAGUCCUCUGCUACAGUUAUUAAAAUUUAUAUCUAUAAAGCAACCUCCUGACAUUAAAUAUAAAGUUGAUGAUCAAUUGAAUGAAUUUUUCUCUUCGAUGAUAGAAGAUAAGUUUGUGAGCUAAACAAGAUGUAUUACAAAAGCUAUAAAAUUAAAUAAAUAUAUGCACAUUAUAAAACACAAAGUUUAAAUUAGUUCAUAUUGAAUGGUAUCCAUCUGAACGGAUAUUUAAUAGCAUUUUUUUCUUAAAAUAAAUUUCCUGAUUCUAAUAAUCCACCAAAAGUUAUCAUACAUAAAAUAUGUUACUAAAAUUAUACAAAAUAAUUUGACACAUAUUAAUUGAUUGUUUGCCUUUCAAUUCAUAAAAUUUUAACAUAUUAGUCACUUGGUAAUUAAGAAAAAAAAUUUGAGCUUUACUAAGAAAAAUGAAUGAUUUAGAACAAAAAAAAAAAGGUUUAUCACAGAUUAAUAAAUUAUUUAAUAUGACAUGGUCCUUUAUUGUGCCAGACAUGGAAAUUGUGCGGUAGAGCGAUUGUGUUUAAGAUGACUCUUGACUAAAUGCCCAGCAGCAAGGGCUGAUAGCAGAGAUAUUUCGCCGGCAAGUACGCUCGCACAUACCAGCCGUGCUAAAGUAUUAGCAUUUUCACCUGGGCAUUCUUGAUGAGCUCCACGUGCUCCGAUGAUAUCCAAGCAGGCCGAUUGCGGUGGAAGCUGAGUUCCUCCGCCAACGGUGCCAAUUUCUAUAGAAGGCAUUGUACAAGAAACGUAAAGAUCUUCACCAUCUUCACCCCAAGGCUCCAUCAAGGUGAUACAAUUGCUACUUCCAACAUUCUGCGCUGGGUCUUGCCCGGUAGCAAUGUAUAUCGCUGUAACAAUAUUCGCUGCAUGAGCAUUAAAACCCCCGAUGCUACCAGCAAUGGCAGAUCCAAUAAGAUUCUUGCUUAUAUUUACAUCGAUCAGAGCUUGAACAGAGGAUUUUAAAACAUUUUUAACAACUUUUGAUGAUAUAAUGGCUUCGCUAACAACUGAUUUACCUCUCCCUUCUAUCCAGUUCACUGCAGCCGGUUUCUUAUCUGAACAAAAGUUUCCACUUAAACUGAGAAUUUCCAUAUCAGGGAAAAUCUUCUGAAUUUCAAGCAAAGCAAACUCUGUAGCUUUAGAAAUCAUAUUCAUGCCCAUGGCAUCACCGGUCCUUGCAACAAAUCUUACAAAAAGAUGCCUUCCAGCAAUACGGCAAUGUAGUUUGACUAGUUUUAUAAACCUGCUGGUAUUAUUAAAAUGAGAUUCGAUAUGAGGAAAAUUUUCGCUGCUCUGUAUCCAAGCCAUAGCCUCACUGGCGCGAGCUAUUGACUGGAAUCUAACAACAGGACCUCUAGCCAUUCCAUCAGCGACUAUUCGUGUAGUUACACCUGCGUAAGAAAGUGCUCUGCAACCUCUAUUAGUACUGGCUACAAGACAUCCUUCAGUUGUUGCCAUAGGAAUGUUUAUUUUCCUUCCGUCUAAUAAUAGGGGUCCUGCAAUUCCAACCGGUAUGGGUAUAUAUCCAACAACAUUUUCACAGCAGGUUCCCAUAACUUUACUGUAGUCAUAAUUUAAAUAAGGUAAAUUAGUAAAAGCCCUCGAGAUACCAUAUCUUUCACCAAUUAAAUUUCUUCUAAUUUUUACUCCUCUUUCUGGAUUAUUCAAAAUUGUCUCUAACUGAUAAGCCGGAAUCACACCAUUUUCUGCAAGUAAUUUGAUUUCAUCAUCAUUCAAUUCCUCAGCAAUAUCCCCAGAAUUAUUGAUCUCAACACAUUUUUCUAGAGAUCUAACCUCUACUGAAUAUUGUUUAUCCUCUUUUAAUUCUGUUUUUAUUUCUUCAGGUCCCAAAUAUAUUUUUUCAGUUUGAAUAGCUGCGUUCUUGCUGACUAAAAUUGUAGGAACCCUUCUUUCCAUUUCAUAUCUGGGUUUUUCAUUUAAGCCAAAUACUUCACUCGGGAUCAUAUCAUCUUUAUCUUCAAAGAAAAUGAAUUUCACUGUAAGAGCCAGGAGAAGAAUAAGGACAACUAUGUGAUCAGCACCAAGUGUUAUCCAACGAAGUAAAUAAUCUUGUGCAGCGGGGUUAGGAGCAUUUAACUGAAUUGUGUGAUCAGAAGUCAUCAGAGGCAAAACACUCUCUUUUAUAUCCACUUCUUUUAAUAUCCAACGACUAUGAAGGUGAACAAAUACAAGACCCCCAGACAUAAUCAUUUUUACUCUUUGCAAAACUGGAUUAGGUUUUUGUCCAUGUUCUUUUAAUUCUGUUAUUGUCUUAAAACGACGAUGCCAUGAAGGAGUUUUUCCAGGAUCACUACGAGCCAGUUCCAAAAUAAGACUGAGACAUGAGGGAUAAAAAGUCAUAAAAACCAUAUAGUUAACCAAAACUGAAAGGCAUGCAAAGUAGCAAAGAAUUUCUAACCUUCUAAUACCAGAUAAAGUUCCAACACUAACUACUAAUGUCUCAACAAUUGUAUCUAAAGUCAGAGAUGGGCCUAAAUGAGCCAUUCCACGAGCGAUAUUAUGUUUCACUUCUUUUUGGCUCGAUGCGCUCAGUGCAAACUGUGCCAAUAACGCUGCUUUAGACAAAUCGAUCAAUAAAAGAAAGCAGAACAGUGCGUCUUUAAGGUCUGCGACAUCUCCUGUGAGGCAAUUUAUAACGCUGGAACUGAAUACAAAACUGGAAAACACUGUAAACAAACCAGCAAUUCCUAGUAUAUAUUUAGAUCCCAAUUUCUGUAAAUUUCUAAACUGAUAGUAACUAUAAAGAACAGCAACGCACCUGAUAAUAGUCAUAGCAAUCACAUCGAGUGCAUUGUAAUCCUGGCAUGGAGGAGUUUCGCACAAUUUUUGAGAAUAUGAAUGAAAAACAUUACCAGUGUCUAUAGAGAGGAUGCAGGCAGUGAGUGUCAAAGUUGCAACUAUCACCUCCCACGGGUGGCUGGCGCAGAAUUCGCCAUGUGCUCUGUACAGUCCGACCAUCGUAUCUUGAAGUGUGAAGUCAGCAGAAUGAAGAAGAGCAGCUCGGUUUUUGAAGAAGUAGCUGAUUAGAAGUCAUUGCUAGGGCCAGGUUAACUCGUCAGUCCUCGCUCAGCAAUUGGGACCGAAUAACCUCACGCUUACAUCACGGAUCGAUUUCACAAAGCCAAGGACAUAUCCCCCUACUUUCUACGAACUUUCACUAACACACGCUCAACCGACAGACCAUGUAAUCUUCUUCAACGGAGAAAAUAUAUUUAUGUAACUUAAUUAAAAAAACUUAUUACAAAAUUUGGUCCAAUUUCACUUUUUUUUUUCGAUCACUAGCGGCCUUAUCAUAUAACUCUUCAUCAAAUGUUUGCUAAGAUCUGACGAAAUUCUUUGAAUUUAAAGACAAUUUUAACGAUAAUUAUGACGUCUAACUCAUUUAUUUUAUAAUUUAGAAUCCUAUUGUUAAGAUAAAUAGAUAUUUUUUCUCUCAGCAACUAGCAUAGAUUGAAAACGUCCCGAUUCCGAGAUUUUUUGUAAAUAAUAAAGUUACGAUGAGAUGAAGCUAUUUACGAAGUUUCAGGCGCAUGUUAAUAAUUUGAUAAAAAGGGACCACGGACUACAUUUCUGAGGUCAAUACCAAACCUGGGUCAAAUACCGAUUUCUUACGAAAGAGUCAAUGUUCGGGAUGGGUUGAACAGGUUUCCAGGAAUUUCAAGGUGUUUAGCUGGUUUCUACCAUCUCCUUGACGACAAUGCUUAGAAGUGAUAAACUACACUGCUUUUUGGAGAUGUCUGGAAAAAUAGCAUAAUUGCAAAUGAGACCAUUGACAAACAAAUCACAAAUGAAACAAGAUAUUCUGCCAUGGAAAUUUUCUUCAGUUGAACCCACAUCAGAAAAAUUAAUAUUUUCAAAACUCACAAUUGGGGGCAUGCAGUCUUCACCUAUGUAUACUUAGUCAGAUGCCUGGAACCACCGCUCUGAGAAACAAACAACACAUCUCCGACACCAGAAUGAGACUGUAUACUUUCCAAUAUGGCUAAAGAACUUGAAGAUAAUGAAGGCAGAAUAAAAAAAAAUUCAUUCAAUGAGAACCAUUAAAAUUUUUUAUGUUGUAUAGUUGUAAUUUUUCAUUACAUUUAAUUAUUGUAAUUAUUCUUGUCAUUUAAUUCUUGUAAUAAUUAUAUAAACUAUUGAUGUUAUUUAUUUUUUGUAUUUUAGAGAUGGAUAUAUAGUUGCUUGCUGAAAUUGUAAAUUGUAAAUGUGUGGUCAGGAUGUGCUGUCAAAAGUGUAUAUUGAUUAUGCCUAAGUUUCAAUCCAAGCAUGUGAGUCAUCAUCAGGUCAAUGAUUUGAAGUCAGGACAAGAACUUUCCUUCUUAAUUUUUGAAUAAUUAUUUUAAUUAUUUCUGUCAUUUUAUUUCUGUAAUCAUUAGAUCAUUUUUGUAAUAAUUUAAUUAUUACUAGUAAUUAUUUAAUAAUUACAAUUAUUCACGUUAUUUAAUAUUUGUAAUUAUUAUAAAAUAAAUAAAGAAUAUUUUAAUAAGUAUUACAAGUUGAAUCAAUACAGCAAGGUGAUAAGUAUGUCUACAUAACAAAAAGUAAUAAGAGAAUAAGUAAACAAUCCUUUUUCAGGAAAACAUUUAAAGGUAUUUGCUACAAGAGUUGAAAAGAAAAGGGCUUAUCUUCCUCAAAUAAGCACGAAAACCCAUGAAGGGUCUUAGGUUCAGUACUAGAAGAGGAAGUACUGUUAGAUGGCCAACAGUUGUGCAGGGAGAUGAUUAAGCCUAUAUCAUGCUCAACCGCUCAAAUUUUUCUUGAUUAAUUUUUGUAUUUGCUAUUUUAAUUGGUUGUUAAGUCUGUUAAAUGUUCAUCUGUUCAAUGGAAGCCUAUUUGUCUGCCAAACUUUCGGGCUUUUCUCUUAGCUGUGAUCAGAUCCCUUAUGUUAUAUUAUAUAUAUGUUAUACAUAUAAUGUGGGUAAUUUGGUAGUUUAUCUGAUUUUUGAGGUUUAGGAACCGAACAUGACCAAGCUGUUUUUGGAGGCUCUUUGUGAAGGUAUAUUGCUUCCUCUAACUCUUCCUUUGUUUUAUUUGAUAUGGGGAUAGAGAGAGUGGAAUUCAAUAUUCUUCUAGUCAUCUCAGCCCAUUGUCCCAUUAAUAGGAGAUGAUCGUCUUAAAGCCUCACAGGGCUCGUCCAAUAGCAGGAGGUUCAAUCAGAGCUAGUGUUGGCAGUGUAUGGUAAAGUUCUAAGUCCUUUAGUGAUUAAAAAGUCCAAUAAAUCAGGUGUUUUAUUGACACUUCAAGAAUUGCUAAUACAUAGUUAUGAGGCAGGUAACAUAACUAAUGCUCCCUCAAGGUUCAAAGUAUCCCUAAUCAUGUUCUUAGCUGAUAUUACAAAGGACACAUACAAUGAGACUAAAACAAAAAAAAAUUCUUUCUCAUGGCACCUAGAGGGUCUCAAGACUUCACUCGAUCAUGUAACACCUAGAAUUCUAUCAGAGCGAAUGUAUGGUCACAGGUGGACUGAACAUCCAAUGCUACAUUGAGAAGAUAGCAUGGCUGCUGACACUAGAUCUCUGCUUGGUAUAAAAUUGGAAAUUAACACUACAGAAUAGAGAAAAUUGGGAGUCUAUGACUCAUCAAAUGGAUCGCAAUGUAGAAUAGCAAUAAUUACCAUAGUAGCCAUGUAAUAAAAUUUUUCAUUAGGGUGUACUAAUGAAAGUGUGUAUUUUAUAUAAUAUAAUUGUAGUAUUUUGUUGUCUCACUGGUUUGAUUUAUAUAUAUAGUUUAUUUAUGUAAAGCUUUUUAUCUAGCUACUUUUUAAUGUAAUAAGUUUUCUGGUCAGAUGUUAUUCUUUUUUUUCUGUAAUAUUCUAUUAUUCUUAAGAGACUUUGUCCUAGAAUAAAGUUGUUUUCUAUUUCUAUUUCUAUUUCUAAAAAAUAAAUAAAAUAAAUAGAUCAGAAGAGAAAACUACAAUAAUGUUACAUGGCUGCUCAACUGUUGCUAAACCACACAGCAUACCCAUCAAUCAACUGAUAAUAUUGAAAAAGAUUAAAAGUUCAAAUAAUCUUAAUAAAUAACUUUAUUCAAUUAAUAUAUAUAUAUACAUAUUUUUCAUAUUGUAUAAUGAAAGAAAUAAAUGGCAAUAAUAUAGCUUGCUCAUAAGAAUAUAGCAGAAAAAAAUCUUCCCUUUCCACAAACCAAUAGACCUGUUGAACGGUUCAACUAUUAUUGAAAUCUUGGUUUUAAUUUCGCCUUAAAUAUAAAUUUUAUAAUUAAACUUUCAAGGUAUUCGGAGGGGAAUGUUAGUGUGAAUUCAGUGUCACGUGAGUUCACCCUCAGUCUGCCAUAUUUUUGUGGACAAGCUGUGAUGAUUACUUUUAUUAACUUAAUUUUAAUUUUAGAUGCUAGCUGCAAGUAUCCGGAAGUUACAAAAUAUUCGAUCACGCACCAAGGUCUUGGUUGCUACAGCUCAUCAUGUCACCUCAUCGCGACACCUUUUCUAAUUAUGUUAAUGAAAUUUACCUUAUAGAACAGUACAAUAUAAUAGAUUGAGUGAUUGUCCGAGAUUAGUGUUAAUAAGAUUUUCUUUUAUAAAAAUCCUUCUGGUAAAUUAAUAAAAGUAGUUAAUUCCCAAUAGUGUGAUUUUCCAAGUUUGUUACCUAAAUACAUUGGUGAUUAAUGUUCAUGAAUAAACCCAGAUGAUAAUGUAAUAAAAUUUUGGUGAGACAAAAAAUCUCAAAUCUUUGACAAAUGAAUAAGAGUAACACCAAGGUUGCGGUGAAUUGAUGACGUAUUCGCAGGUGCACGAUCCAUGCUUGUGGUCCAGAACUGGAAGACGGCUGUGUAGAAUAUGGAUGACUGGGGGUUAAAGUUGCAAAAGGUCUUGUCUUUGCAAGAGACAUAGCGCCAGAGAAGAAGAAGAAGAAAUAUUAAAUUUAAAAAAAUAUAAUAAAGUCAUUAAAAAAUUAAUGUGUGGCAAAAAGGACUUUUUAAUUAAAUGUAAACAGUUCAAUUAUCAAACAGUUUUGUCCUUAUCAACAAUAAUAAAUAAAAUAGACAAUUAAAUUUAAAUUUUAUUUUAUAAAUAGUUGAGCAUGAACUUAACCAUGUCAUCUCCUUGCACAACCAUUGACUAAGAAACAGUACUUUUCUAAAUAGUACUGAACACAUGACCCUUCAGGGAUUGUAGUGGUUUUUUAUUUUGUAAAUAACAAAUAUAAUUAUUACAGAAGAUUGUCAAUCCAUCUAUUAUUUGUAAUGUCAUUGUUGUUAUUUAUAUGAAAUAAGUUUUAUUUUGUAAUAUUCACACAAUCAUAACCCAAAGUGUAUUCCAGAAAAUUAGAGAAUAAAUAAAAAAUAAAUUAGAGAAAAAACCUUCAUAUAAGAAAACUGAGAUGUAGCACCAGCACAUACAAUGAUAUCUAAGAUAUCUAACCAAGUUUAUUACUGUUUUUACAUAAUUUCAAUCCUUAUUUGCACUAAGUUUACAUUUCAUAUAAUACUUAUGGAGUGAGGAAUUAAGAGAUGUAAAGAAAUUAUGAGUAAAUAGGACUUUUAUUCAAUGAACUGUUAUAAUUAAAAUUUUUAUAUUUCAACUUUGCAUUUUCUAGUUCCAAUUAAAAGAAUAUAGUUAAUCAUCAAAUAAAAAGAAGUUUUUGUUACUUUUUAAGAAUUCAUUUUCUAGCUAUGAGAAAUUUUUAAGUAGAAUAUUCACCAUCACUAGACAAAUAAGCUUCCUUGGAGUUUAAGGUCUCUCAGAUAGAUUGCGUAUGUUGGGUGAUUAAGAAACUUAUUAUCAUAAGCAAAAAUAUUGUAAACAACGAGCAAGUAAUAUUAUAUUUUUUGUUGAAAAAAUAAAGAACAUCAAUAUACAAUUUAUACGCUGUAUCUUAAAAACAUAUGAAUGAAUUCACCAGUUUUACUAUUGUAGAAGGCCUAUUUUGUAAAUUAAAAAGUAUUAGUUUUAUAAACUAAAUAUUGUGACUUAAUAGUAUUAUCCAUAACAUAUGUAUAAUUCAUUAUUUUGUUCUUAUUUUUAUCAAUUUAACUCAUGUACUUGAAUUUUUUAUGUAGUAAAUAUAUAUUAUAAAUGAGAAAAAUGUACUGUAAUAUAAUUGAUUAUUUUUAUUUCUUUUAAACACUGUUUGUAAUUAAAAAAAAAAUAAAAUUUGAAC